AUGACGGAACACCGGAUAACGAGCUCAUUGUGGCACAAGGCUUGGGGGAAGUACAAAGAGGAAUUACAAGCGGCUGCAGAUUACCAAGAUAUCCAGAAGGUCCACACGCUCGAGCAACUGAUGGCUUCAUUUUCCUCCAUCCAAGACUCUGCUCCGACCAGCUAUGUCGCAGUCCUCUCCUUCAAUAGUAUUGCGCCGAGGCUCAAGUUGAUCGAUGACUUCGCGGCGAGCUUUCGAACGAUUGCCAAUGGCCUUGGCCUGCUUGAAAGUGACGAGGAUAGUAGUAGGUUGCUUCUGAAGGCAGUGGGCCACGACGACAGUUUUCGUCUGAGGCUAAAGGCGAAUAGCAACAGAAUCGGCAACUCCUACAGCAAUAUAUCGAGUCUUCUUCUUCGCAUGGGCCGUCCUAAGGAAGCUGAGCAGAGUCUCGCUAAAUGUCCAGCCCUAAAAGACUUUAGUGAUGAGACCCUUCUCAGCACCGGCAACCCUCGCUUCUCAGCUGACAUGAUCUUGUUAUCUCGCAUUCGGCUUGCCCAGGGCCGAUUGCCUGAUGCCUUGAGUCUUGAGACUGGCAUCGAAGGCUUUGGAGUUUCGUCGAAAGUUGCUUGGCAACCGGCUCAAAACGUGCGAUUCUCAGUACGAUGUAGCGUCUAUGCUAUUGAAAGACGGUCACAUAGUAUUAGCAAUGUGAGUGCUCUGGAGCAACUGCUCCAAGACGUUGUCGGCAUAUCUGAGACAUUUGUCGAGGGAGAUGGCCAACGGGCUCGAGCAUUGUACACGCUUUCAAAAGUCUAUGCAGUUCGAGACAUGCUCGCCGAAUCAACAGCUUGUAGAGAAAAGGCAGUGACCUUGCGUUCUUUGCUAAGACCGGAUCUCAAGGAUGCUCCCUUUGAGGAAGAAGAAUUCUCCAAGCUGUGUCUAUGGAUGUUGUGGUAA